CGUUGCCUGGUGACACAACAUGGCUGCCAUCAGAGGGCUCCUGUCUGGGGUUAGGGUUAUUCGACAUGGAAUCUCCCUUCCGUGCCAAAGGCUUUAUCCCCGGUCUGAUAUCUGCACAAGCUCGAGUGUGGAAUCUCGAGAUGACAAGCUCAAAGAGAGGCAAUCCCAGAUCAUGUCUCGUGGGUUGCCGAAGCAGAAGCCAAUUCCUGGGGUGAAGCAUGUGCUGGUUGUUGCAUCAGGAAAGGGAGGUGUUGGCAAAUCAACAACUGCGGUGAAUCUGGCAUUGGGAAUAGCAGCAAGCAAACCUGUGAAAGCAGUGGGUUUACUGGAUGCUGAUGUUUAUGGCCCAUCCAUCCCGAAAAUGAUGAAUUUAAAAGGGAACCCAGAGUUGUCUGAUAAGAACCUGAUGAUCCCUCUGAUCAAUUAUGGCAUCCGAUGCAUGUCCAUGGGCUUCCUGGUGGAAGAGACUGCGCCAAUUGUGUGGCGAGGGUUGAUGGUCAUGUCUGCAAUUGAGCGGCUCCUGAGGCAGGUAGAAUGGGGAGAGUUGGACUAUCUGGUGAUUGACAUGCCACCAGGAACUGGAGACGUUCAGUUGUCUAUUACUCAGAACAUCCCGAUAUCUGGAGCUGUGAUAGUCUCAACUCCCCAGGACAUCGCUUUGCUGGAUGCUCGCAGAGGAGCCGAAAUGUUUCAGAAAGUCAGCGUUCCUGUACUUGGUCUCAUACAAAACAUGAGUGUAUUCCGGUGCCCAAAUUGUCAUCACGAGACACAUAUCUUUGGGUCAGAAGGUACACAGCGUCUGGCAGAGUCGUUGGGCUUGGAUGUCCUUGGAGAUAUCCCUCUGCAUAUUAAUAUAAGGGAAACUUGUGACCUGGGACGGCCUAUUGUGGUGUCUGAUCCAAAUAGCAAUGAGGCCAAGGCAUACUUGGAUAUUGCCAGAGAGGUGAUAAGCAGAAUCUCCUAAUCAGACAUUUGUAAAAAGAUUUUCACUGUCGUGUAUUGGAGGAGACGUCUGUUCUAGGUACCUUCUACUGUCUACUGUCUUAUGCAAGCACUGUUAAAACGGGAGUUAACUUAUUGUUCUUAUACAACUGGCAUCAAGAUGGAAGAGUGGAUAUUGCCAUAUCAUAAUGUUAAAUACAGUAUUCUAGCAUAUCUGGGGCGUAAGGAGCUCAUUUAGCCUUGUUCUAUAAGAACACCAGAGAAAGUUGUGAGAGCCACGAUUGUAAUCUAUGUGGUUUUUCAAUAUCAUCUACACAAUUUAAUAUCCAGAAUCGGGAAUUGUGUAUAAUGUGCUUUUACAUCAGAACUGCUGGAACUAGGGUGAUCAAAGUCUUUGGUUAUGAAAACUAAAAAAAAAGUUGGAUUUACUAUAUGAAGUUUUUAGCAGCAAUUUCGUGAUUAAGUACACAUACAGUGUGUGUGAUGCUUUGUUCACACUGGAGUACUAGUUAGUUUUUUCUUGUUUGUGUUUUUUUUUCUUUAGCUCAUACAUUUUAUCAGUCCCCUCUACUAUUGUGUAGUGAAAAUCGAAACCUAUACUUGUCAGGUCACCAAUACACUUCCUAUGUGAGUUAUAUCCCUGUGUGUUGUGUCGCACUGAUGGAAGAACCAAAUAUCCAUUGAGAUUUGAUUUAGUAUAUGUCUAGUUUCCUGCCAUUGAGUGAUACGUAGACGGACAUAACGUCCAUGUACUUUGAAAUGUCACCGUUGCCUAUUGUUCGCUACACUUUGCAAAAUAAAAUCAUUUGAUGAUAUUUGAUGAUCUGGAUCAAGGACAAGUGCAUUCGAGAACAAAACGACUAAUUUUACAGAAGAUUGACUGGUACUGUCCUAAAACACAUCCAUACGAAAACAAAAUGACAUUGGAAUCAAGAAGACCUCGACCUACAAAGAAUAUAAAGAUGUUUAUUGACUUUAAGUGCAAGAUAAAUUAUAUGUGUAUAACUUGUGAGUUACUGUGAACUGUUUGAGCCGUUUCAGUUGCCAUAGUAAUUUAGAGAUAUGCGGUGUGCUGUGUGGAUGGAGAAACCCAGGGUCCUAGAGUGCAAUAGAAGAAGGAAUAAUAGGUAUUGCAGACAUUAACUGCUGUCCAAUAUUUCUGUCUGGUUACUUUGCCUUUUUUUUCCUUCAGUUAGGGAGUGCUUCUAAUCGGCCUUCCUUUUCUUGUUGGUUUAUGUUAGUGGUGGCACGUUCAGCAUUGAUAAUAUUCGGGGAGAGCAGGAGGCACAGGUUAAGUAAAGAUAAUAAGAUGGUUAGCCAGGGUUAGUGACACCAUUCUCAGAUUAGUGUUGUCUGGCUGACUGGCUACAAAGUUCCACAAACAAAGCAAUUUAAGUUCAGUACACAAUAUCACUCAACCAUGUUAACAAAGGAACGUUGUGCAACAACGCUGUCUGCACAGGGUGACACUGUAUGUCACAGGUAAGCAACCGGUGUCAAAUGGCAGUAAGCUUGGCGGGAGCGCCAACAGAAAAUGGUGGCAAUGUUCGGGCAGUGUGACAGUGUGAUGUCAUCUUAAAAUUGAAAACUAUAUACGCAUAGAAGCAAUGUUAUAAAUAUGCAAUCUAGAUGCAAAUAACGACGCUUUGAAAUGCUGAGCAACCAGGAUGAGUCGUGUAAACCUAGUUUAAAUGUUUGUGAUUUGCAGUAAUGGUUAUGUGGCUGUGUGUAUCGAAUAAUCUCAGUAAAACUGAUCAUUAUUAGCUCACAAUAAAAUUGCAAUCACUGCCUACUAAACCGUUGUACAUAUUUUACUAUUGGAAGGAUUGGAAAAUACUUGGGCCUACAAAUUAAAAUAUUUUGGAGUUUUUCAUUUCUUGAUUGUGAUUUAUGUUUCAAAGCAGUCGUGACAUUGAAUUGUGUUAGAUUACAGAAAUACGCACAUGUUUAUUUACUAAAGAGAAAAUUGUAGGGAAUUUAUAGUGAAUUUUAAAGCAAAGUUGGCAUGUAGAAGUUUUCCAUUUUGGCAAUAUUGGCCUUAAAUUUUAAAAUUUACAUUGAAUUCCAAAACAUUCUCUCCUUAUUGAAUAACCCUGACAAUUAUCUACAUAAUGGCUAUUAAAAAAAUAUGUGCUUUUAAGAAGUUCUGUAAUAGUAUAUAAUUAUGUACUUUGAUGCCCACUACAAAAGCUAACCACCAGAGGGUGCAACUCUACUGGGACUCUAUUACUGUUAACAUAACCGGCAAAUGCUUUUGCAUUUUGCUUUGUACCAAGUUAGAUUUGUGGUUAUUAUUAAAGGGACACUCUACUGCCCAAAUAAAAAAAAAGAAUCACUGUUUAGUAGCUAUACUCCAGAUGAAACCUUCCAUG